AAGCUAGGUGGCGUCAAAUGCCUGGGCAAAAAGGGGUUAGGUCUGCAGCGCUACACUCAGAUGUAACUUACAGAUGCAACUAGCGGAAACAGCAUUAAAUUUGUUAACUCAGUGCUUGGUGGCCAGAAAUUCAUGUCAGGAUAAUUCAUUUGAGCACAGACUAAAGGGUUUGGACUUGUACUUAUAGUCCAAGUUUCUCAAACUUGCUGGGUUUUAUGAAUCAUCUGACACUUUAGUUGAUAAUAUAGAUUUCCGGGCGGCUCCCUUAUAGAUCCCGAUUCUGUGGGCCUAGGAAGCAGCCAGGCAAUCAGUAUUUCAUGGGUUCGGUGCCACCUAUCCCAAUUUGACAAUGAGAGAUCGCUCCGCCUGCCAGGUGAAGGACCUGACGCUGGCGGGCGGCGGGGACUACCAGGUCAGCCCCAGGACAGCCGGCUCCGGCAAGCUCCCCCACGGCAUGGCGGGAGCCCAGUGGAAGUUAGCACAGUAAACCCAAUCAACAAGCCGCAGUCACCCCUCUUCCCCAGAAAUGGCCUCUUCAGCUCUUGCGGGGGAGACUCUGAAAGUCCCCAAAGGACAGAAGUCUAGGAGGAAAUGAUUGCCGCAGAAACGGAUACAGUCUUGGCUACUAAAAACCGCGCGGAGCCGCCUAGGGACCCGCCCCCAACCAACCCCCUCCGGUGCUUCUACCCCCCCUCCCUCGCAAACGCAAAGAAAAGAAGAAACGCGAGAUCCCAGUGCAGAGGCGUGGUCCCACCCUGGCCAAUGGUAAGUGAGGGCGUGACUUUAAGCCUUUCUUUCAUUGGCCCAGGGUCCCAGGCCAUCCAGGUCUUGGUGCGCCACGGCGGAAAUCGCGCGGGCGCCAGAACGCGCUCUCAGCUUCGGGUCUUGCAGCUGCGGUUGCCGCCAUCAUGGUGCGGAAGCUUAAGUUCCACGAGCAGAAGCUGCUGAAGCAGGUGGACUUCCUGAACUGGGAGGUCACCGACCACAAUCUGCACGAGCUGCGCGUGCUGCGGCGUUACCGGCUGCAGCGGCGGGAGGACUACACGCGCUACAACCAGCUGAGCCGUGCCGUGCGUGAGUUGGCGCGGCGCCUGCGCGACCUGCCCGAACGCGACCAGUUCCGCGUGCGCGCUUCGGCCGCGCUGCUGGACAAGCUGUAUGCUCUCGGCUUGGUGCCCACGCGCGGUUCGCUGGAGCUCUGCGACUUCGUCACGGCCUCUUCCUUCUGCCGCCGCCGCCUUCCCACCGUGCUCCUCAAGCUGCGCAUGGCGCAGCACCUUCAGGCUGCCGUGGCCUUUGUGGAGCAAGGGCACGUACGCGUGGGCCCUGACGUGGUUACCGAUCCCGCCUUCCUUGUCACGCGCAGCAUGGAGGACUUUGUCACUUGGGUGGACUCGUCCAAGAUCAGGCGGCACGUGCUGGAGUACAAUGAGGAGCGCGAUGACUUCGAUCUGGAAGUCUAGCGGAUCUCCCACUUUGCAUGGCUGUCUUUUACAGAUGGGAAAACUGAGGCCUGAUGCUGGAGAUUCUAUGAGGGUGCUCUCCUCAAGGGUGUCAGACGGUCGUAGGUUCUCAAGAACUUGAUUCAUCACUGGCAGGCCAUGCAUGGAGCCACGGGAGGUGCGUCCUUGUUUUCCAGGAAAUGUUCUUAGAACUUGGACUACUGAUUAUUAAUUGACUGUGCCUUGGGAAACAGUGGGAAGUAACUUGGUGCUGCACUGGGGUAUUGUUGGCUUCUUGUGUUGGAAACUUUGUAAUGUAAAAGGAAAACCCGGAAAUCCUCACGCCCUGUUUCCCUUUAUCGUGUUGUAGCUGGACUGGUUCAAUUCGUUUGACUCGAAUUCUUGCUCCUGGCCGUGGUUAAGCUGUGUACAGAUGAUGGAGUUUGGCCUCAAGUUUUUAUAAACUGAGCGAGACUAGUGUUCAGGAUCUCCUCCCUUGUUUAAAUGUCAAUAAAUGCCCCAACUGCUUUGUAAGUGCAACUUUU